AUGUCUUUGAUCCGAAGAAGAAAAGGGUCGGAACCAGAAAAGGGUCAUAGUGAAAAUUCAGAACCAAAAAUUCAGAAAAAUGAAGGAGAUGAAGAAGAUGAUGAUAAUGAUAAAAACAAGAAGAAUAGGAAUAAGAAUAAGAAUGAGGUUGAUGUGUUGAAGAAGAAGAGUAAGUGGUCUUGUAUUGAUAGUUGUUGUUGGUUUGUCGGUUGCAUUUGCACGUUAUGGUGGUUUUUGUUGUUUAUGUACAAUGUGAUGCCUGCUUCGUUUCCUCAGUAUGUGACUGAAGCUAUUACUGGUCCUAUGCCUGAUCCACCUGGUCUCAAACUCAAGAAGGAAGGGUUGAGUGUGAAGCAUCCAGUGGUUUUUGUGCCUGGGAUUGUUACUGGUGGGCUUGAGCUUUGGGAGGGUCAUCAGUGUGCUGAAGGGUUGUUUAGGAAGAGGUUGUGGGGUGGUACUUUUGGAGAAGUUUACAAAAGACCUUCAUGUUGGGUGGAGCACAUGUCCUUGGACAAUGAAACAGGAUUGGAUCCACCCGGCAUACGAGUCCGGCCUGUUACCGGACUUGUAGCAGCUGACUACUUUGCUGCAGGAUACUUUGUUUGGGCUGUUCUAAUUGCUAACUUGGCACGCAUUGGUUAUGAAGAAAAGACUAUGUACAUGGCUGCAUAUGAUUGGAGAAUAUCAUUUCAGAACACCGAGGUUCGGGAUCAAACACUAAGUCGGAUAAAAAGUAACAUAGAACUUAUGGUUGAAACUAAUGGUGGAAAUAAGGCGGUUAUUAUUCCACACUCGAUGGGGGUUUUGUAUUUUCUUCAUUUCAUGAAAUGGGUUGAAGCACCAGCUCCAAUGGGGGGUGGAGGCGGACCAGAUUGGUGUUCCAAAUAUAUUAAGGCAAUUGUAAACAUCGGUGGACCGUUUUUAGGUGUUCCGAAGGCUAUAGCAGGGCUUUUCUCAGCAGAAGCCCGAGAUAUUGCUGUUGCAAGGGCGAUUGCACCUGGUUUUUUAGAUAACGACAUGUUUCGGAUUCAAACGUUGCAACAUGUUAUGAAGAUGACUCGCACUUGGGACUCAACAAUGUCAAUGAUACCAAAAGGAGGGGACACCAUAUGGGGUGGUCUUGAUUGGUCACCGGAGGCGGGUGAUGACCUUACCAUGAGAAAGCAAAGCAGGGGCUAUACUAAGUUGACAGACCGAAAGGAAAACAAAACAGUUGUUAACUAUGGAAGAAUGAUAUCAUUUGGCAAAGAUGUCGCAGAGGCAGAUUCACCUGAGAUUGAGAUUCUUGACUUUCGGGGUGCAAUUAAAGGUCCAAAUGUUGCAAAUACCUCUUGUCGCGAUGUGUGGACUGAAUACCAUGACAUGGGAGUUGAGGGAGUGAGAGCUGUUGCAGAGCAUAAAGUUUACACAGCUAGCUCAAUCAUAGACCUCCUUCAGUUUGUUGCUCCGAAAAUGAUGGCGCGUGGUAGUGCUCAUUUCUCUUACGGAGUAGCUGACAAUUUAGACGAUCCUAAAUAUGAACACUACAAAUAUUGGUCAAACCCCUUGGAGACAAAAUUACCAAAUGCUCCUGAUAUGGAAAUCUUCUCUCUUUACGGAGUUGGCCUACCGACAGAAAGAGCUUAUAUUUACAAGCUAACUCCCUUUGCCGAGUGUUACAUUCCUUUUGAAAUCGAUCCUACAGCCAAAGGUGGUGACGAUGUUAGUUGUCUGAGAGAGGGUGUCUACACAGUUAACGGCGAUGAGACUGUGCCGGUUCUAAGUUCAGGCUUCAUGUGUGCUAAAGGUUGGCGUGGAAAAACAAGAUUCAAUCCUUCAGGGAUCCGCACUUAUGUUCGAGAAUACGAUCACUCUCCUCCGGCCAACCUGCUAGAAGGAAGAGGAACUCAAAGUGGUGCUCAUGUUGAUAUAAUGGGAAACUUUGCGCUGAUUGAAGAUGUUAUGAGGAUCGCGGCGGGAGCCAAAGGAGAAGAAUUGGGAGGCGAUAAAGUGUUUUCCGAUAUCUUUAAAUGGUCUGAUAGAAUCAAGUUACCUUUGUGA